AUGAAUUCCUACUUCACUAACCCUUCCUUAUCCUGCCACCUCGCCGGGGGCCAGGACGUCCUCCCCAACGUCGCCCUCAAUUCCACCGCCUAUGAUCCAGUGAGGCAUUUCUCGACCUAUGGAGCGGCCGUUGCCCAGAACCGGAUCUACUCGACUCCCUUUUAUUCGCCACAGGAGAAUGUCGUGUUCAGUUCCAGCCGAGGGCCGUAUGACUAUGGAUCUAAUUCCUUUUACCAGGAGAAAGACAUGCUCUCAAACUGCAGACAAAACACCUUAGGACAUAACACACAGACCUCAAUCGCUCAGGAUUUUAGUUCUGAGCAGGGCAGGACUGCGCCCCAGGACCAGAAAGCCAGUAUCCAGAUUUACCCCUGGAUGCAGCGAAUGAAUUCGCACAGUGGGGUCGGCUAUGGAGCGGACCGGAGGCGCGGUCGCCAGAUCUACUCGCGGUACCAGACCCUGGAACUGGAGAAGGAAUUUCACUUCAACCGCUACCUAACGCGGCGCCGGCGCAUCGAGAUCGCCAACGCGCUCUGCCUGACCGAGCGACAGAUCAAAAUCUGGUUCCAGAACCGCCGGAUGAAGUGGAAAAAAGAGUCUAAUCUCACGUCCACGCUCUCAGGGGGCGGCGGAGGGGCCGCGGUCGACAGCCUGGGCGGAAAAGAGGAAAAGCGGGAAGAGACAGAAGAGGAGAAGCAGAAAGAGUGA